AUGGGCUUCGGGACGGAGCUGUGCGGCCCCCAGGCGCACAGCGCCCUGCUGCAGCUGCAGGACUCUGAGCUGCGCCUCCUGGAGCUGAUGAAGAAGUGGAUGGUGCAGCGAGCCAAGAGCGACCGGGAGUACGCGGCCCUGCUGCACAACACGUUCUGCCAGCUGGAGAAGCAGGAGGGCUUCCGGCAGCCCCUGCCAGGAGACUACAAAAGCCAGAUCAGCGAGUCCUGGUGGGUGCUAGCGAGCCAGACGGAGGGGCUGAGCCAGAUCCUGCGGCGCCAUGCGGAGGACCUGGCCGCCGGGCCCCUGAACAAGCUGACCCUGCUGAUCCGCGACAAGCAGCAGCUCCGCAAGGCCUACAGCGAGCAGUGGCAGCAGCUGAACCAGGACUACGUCAGGACGAGCCAGCAGGAGCUGGAGAAGCUGAAGUCGCAGUACCGGAGCCUGGCCCGGGACAGUGCUCAGGCCAAGCGCAAGUUCCAGGAGGCCAGCAAAGACAAGGACCGGGACAAGGCCAAGGACAAGUACGUGCGGAGCCUGUGGAAGCUCUACGCCCUGCACAACCAGUACGUGCUGGCCAUCAAGGCCGCCGAGCUGCACCAUACGCUGUACUUCCAGCAGGCACUGCCCACCCUGCACUGCUCCCUGCACAGCCUGCACCAGGAGAUGGCGCUCGUCCUGAAGGAGAUCCUGCAGGAGUACGCCGAGAUCAGCAGCGUGGUUCAGGAGGAGAUGGGCUCCAUGCACCAGGAGAUCACCCACGCCAUCCGGGCGAUUGACCCCGCCACAGAAUAUGACAGCUUUCUCCAGCAGCAGAGGUGUGUGAGCGAGAUCCCACCCAGGGUGACCUUCGACGAGAGCCUGCUGGAGGAGAGCGAGAACCUGGAGGCCGGCGAGCUGCAGCUGAAUGAGCUAACGAUAGAGAGCGUGCAGCACACCCUGACGGCCGUGGAGGAAGAACUAGCCACUGCCAUGGAGACCAUGAGCAGCAAGGGGCAGCGCGUCCAGGACCUGCAGGCCGAGCUCCUGGGCGAGGAGCGGAGCGUGGGGCCCCGGGAGCGGGUGCACCUGCUGGGGAAGCGCCAGGCUCUGCAGGAGGCGCAGCUGCAGUUCCAGGUCUCCCUGUGCGCCCAGACCAAGCUGCAGGCCCAGCGGGACAUGCUGCGCCACAAGCUGGACCAGCUGGGCUCCAGUGACCCCUCUCCAGCCCUGCCCCUGCAGGACGACAGGCACUCCCUCUCCUCCACGGAGCAGGAGCAGGAGCGCCCAGGAGCCAGCGCGCUGGAGACCCUCCGGAAUCACAUCUCGGGUAUCUUCCGCCCCAAGUACUCGGUGCCGCCCCCCCUGCCGCUCCUCCCCGAAGUGCAGAAGCCCCUGUGCCAGCAGGCCUGGUACCACGGCGCCAUCCCCCGGGCGGGGGUGCAGGAGCUGCUGCUCCACAGCGGGGACUUCCUGGUGCGGGAGAGCCAGGGGAAGCAGGAGCACGUGCUGAGCGUGCUGUGGGACGGGCAGCCCCGGCACUUCAUCAUCCAGGCCUGCGACGACAUGUUCCGGCUGGAGGGCGAGGGCUUCCGCACCAUCCCACUGCUCAUCGACCAUUUCCUGCACACCCAGCAGCCCAUCACCAAGAAGAGCGGAAUCAUCCUGGCCAAGCCCAUCCCCAAGGACAAAUGGGUGCUGAACCACGAGGACGUGCUGCUGGGCGAGCGCAUCGGGCGGGGUAACUUUGGGGAGGUGUUCAGCGGCCGCCUGCUCGCCGACAACACCCCGGUGGCUGUGAAGUCCUGCCGCGAAACCCUCCCGCCGGAGCUCAAGGCCAAAUUCCUGCAGGAAGCCAGGAUCCUGAAGCAGUACAGCCACCCCAACAUCGUCAAGCUCAUUGGCGUCUGCACCCAGAAGCAGCCCAUCUACAUCAUCAUGGAGCUGGUGCAGGGGGGGGACUUCCUGACCUUCCUGCGCAGUGAGGGGCAGCAGCUGAAGGCGAAGGAGCUGCUCAAGAUGACGGCGAAUGCUGCUGCUGGGAUGGAGUACCUGGAGAGCAAGCACUGCAUUCACAGGGACCUCGCAGCUCGUAACUGCCUGGUGACGGAGAAGAACGCGCUGAAGAUCAGUGACUUUGGGAUGUCGCGGGAGGAGGAGGACGGGAUCUACGCCUCCACAGGAGGCAUGAAGCAGAUUCCUGUGAAAUGGACAGCGCCAGAGGCACUGAAUUAUGGCCGCUACUCCUCCGAGAGCGACGUCUGGAGCUUCGGGAUCUUGCUGUGGGAAGCCUUCAGCCUGGGCGCCAUCCCCUAUUCCAACUUGAGCAACACCCAGACGCGCGAAGCCAUUGAGCAAGGGGUGCGGCUGGACCCCCCCGAGCAGUGUCCCGAGGACGUGUACAGGCUGAUGCAGCGGUGCUGGGAGUAUGAUCCCCGGAAACGGCCCAGCUUCAGCACCAUUCACCAGGAGCUCGUCAGCAUCCGCAAGAGGCACCGGUAA